CCGGGCCGUUGGUCUGAGGGAAGCUGUUGGAAUGGCCUCAGGAGGACAAAGCAUGGAUACAGAGCAGCCACCUGAGCCUCCUGCUGCUCCUGUUCAGAGUGACAGGACAUUCCAGUGGGGAGCCAUACUUGCUGCAGUGAAAGAUCAGCUCCCAUCUCUCGACUCUGACACCUCCACAUCUGACAGUGGGAGCGAUGAGGAGCUUUUCAUCUUCCACCGGGAACAUCCCAACUUGCUUCCUGACCCAUCAGAAGAACUGAUGGAGUUUUCCCUGGAAGACUCCAGCCUGCAGGAAACCCAGGAAACAGAAAGACACCCAUGGGAGACCUGGAAUGGAGGUGUGGAAAGUUUUGACUUUCAGGAAAAAAAAGAUGGUGCCCAAGUCCUUGCAAACAAAGAUGUACAAAUUAUUAAAGAUGAGGCUUCCAAUCCUGCUAGCCACCCUGAAGAAAUUCUAAGCCAAAAGGGAGCUGUUCUUGAAGAGUCUCUUGCAAAUUCUACAGAUCACCUUGAAGAGAAAGAACUGGGCAGGAGACAGGCCAGGGAAAGAGGGAGCUCUUGGUUUAACACAACAUGGUCUGUGGAAGAGCUGGGCAGUCGAAAAGAGAGAAGAAAACUGAUAGAGACAAAGAUCCUCUCAAAAAUAUUUCUGGAGCCACCAUCAGGCCACCCAGAGCCAGAUGUCAAGCCUUCUUCACAUGGUGUUAGCAACAGUUUAGAAAGCACUGUUAAGCAAGAAGCCUCCUCAGAUGAUCAUCUCCAAGAACUGACCCAUUUGUCAUGGCAGGGUGUUGAGAAAUGGGAUCUAGACAAGACUCUUGAGGAGGUGGAGCAGCAGAAAGACAACAUGCAUGCAGAAGUUGCCUUCUCCUCAGCAGAUCAUGAGACCUUCAGGGAUAGGUCUGAACAUGAGCUCAUGGAAAAACUAGAAGAACUGAGUGUCAGGCAGCCCAGGCCAGUGGCUCCACACUGCAGGUGGCCAUCAGCUAAGCUCUCCUCCUUUCAAGAACAGCAAGAGAAUAAGAAGGAUGUUGCUUUCCCAUCAUCCUCACAAAGUUCUCCAUGGAUGGACAUGAUGAAAUUCCAGAGCCUGCCAGAGCCUGAAACUGUGUACAUAGAUUUAAGAGAUGCUCAACCAUGGCAGCUGGUGACAUCCCCUGAGGAGAAACAAAGUGCAAGUGACAGCUCCAGUGAAGAGGAGGAGACAAUGGAAAUUAAUGACCCAGCUGAAAGAAAACUGAGGAAUUGCUCAGGGAAAACCCUCCUGCUGCAGCAGCUCCGUACGGCUCGGAAAGAAGCCUCAGAGCUUCUUCAUAAAACAUCUCCCCCUGUUGAAACACUUGAAGGCAUCAAACAGGCUCCAGGAAGUUUGGAAGAGACAGGUUCCUCUCAAAUAAGUCAAACCCAGCAUUUUAAAGUGAGGCAAGAGGCAAAAAAGGUGAUUCCCAGGAAAACGAUGGGACUGAAACAAGAGAAAGGAGACGCCCUCUUGUCCAGCAGUGGGGGCAAUGGAGCUGGUACAGAAAGAGAAAACAGAAAGGAAGUUGAGAAGGUUCAACCUUCAGGAAAUGCUCCAGAGUCACCUCUACCUACCACUACACUUCCAAGGACAGAAGAAAAUAAAAGGGAAGAAUCCCAAAAGGAACAACAGAUGAAAGAGAGACACAGGAGGCAGAGAUUCCAGGAGCAGCUGGAGAGACUGCAGCCUCAGCACUCAGUGACUGGAAAGCAGCCCAUGGCAGAGGGAACCCCUGUUUUGUUCCACAUGGAAGCCUCUUAUUUGCCAGAUAUUGACACGUUGCCAAGACCACACAGGAUGAAAAAUGAGGUUCUGCUAAUGACCAUUUGGCUGGCAAGCUGUGGCCAAGUAGCUACAGAUCAGUGUAGUGAGCAGGUACCUACCAUGGUGCUCAGAGCAGCCAACAUCUACCAGGCCCUUGUGACUUGGCUUCUCUCUCUGGUGCCUCCUGUGAAAAUGAAAGGUGGAUCUAAAGCUCCAUUCCAAGUGGCAGGGCUGCAGCAGGUCUGGCAAGAGGGUGGUUUGGCCCUACAUGCUUGUCUGAUGCCAGCAGAUGAAUCUUCAGCCCAGAACAGCACUGAGAUCCAGAAGAUAAAAACUAAAGAAGAUCUACAAGGAACAUCAGAUUUUUACCAGAAGACUGCUGCAUUUCUAGCCUGUACCUGGCUUCCAGAUGUUAUCUGGUGGAGGGCACAACUGGUUAAUCACUUCCAAACCCAGCUGUAUCCACUGCUUCCUGAAAUUCCUUCCGUGCUGCUCAGUCACAUCACUGCUGUUAACCCUGAUCCUCAGGCAGUGGAGAAGGUGUUUGCAGUGCCAAGUGGAUUUUACUGGCAAACAGUUGAAACUGAGGAGCAGUUCUUCCCUGAGAGCAGCGACCUCGAGGCUUGCAGAGAUACAGACACUGAGGUUGCCAUGGUGCUGCUGUUUGAAACUCUCUUCCAAAGUCCCCCAGCUACCCACCACAUGUUGCAGCUGGUGCUCAGUUCUGGGCUGGAUAUCUGUGGACUUCGCCUGCUCUACCCUCAGCAGGACAUGCUGCUCUCUAGCUCAGAAAAGCUGCCUCCUUCUUAUACAUCAAGGACAGGCCAGGUGCCACCAGUGCUGGCAGUGGGUGUGAGAGGACCUGGAGCAGGGAGCACCUUGCAGAACAUCCUGGGACCAUCUGACCCACGGCUGGCCAGCGUGACAGACAGCAGCUCCAUCAAUGCCAUCUACUGCAGGAGCCAGGAGGAGCCCCUUGCCUACCUGCCCCACCUGGGCAGCCGUGUGCACAGGGAGCUGUGCCUCUGGUUUGGGGGCAGAGCUGCUGGCCUGGAUCCAGCUUCCCCAGGAGACACAGCAAGCUCUCAGAGUCCUACAUCAAGUAGGGCAGAAGCAGCUGAAGAAAAGGUUGAUCUCCAGGGCUUGGUGCUGUCUCGACCUCCAGCGAUGCUUGUCUCAACUACCAAAGGGGACAUAAUCUUGCUGGUGUCACCUGUGAUACCUCCUCAUGCAUAUGGUGAGGUGAUUUCGGUCUGUGCCCGGCGGGGGUUUGUUCUGCAAGGAGUCAGGCAGCUGCAGCUUUCACCUAUGCAAGCUCUUCUGCUGAGCAUGACAACAAGUCAGAUUGCUGUGUUUUGCCCUAGCAAGAUUUCAAGCUCACCUGAUGGCUCUGCCAGAGGAGACCUCCCUGCUGAGCCACACGUGCAGAGUCUCGUGUUGUUGCUGAGAAAGGAGAAUGCUGGUCAUCACACUCCUGCCUUGGUAACAGGACUGAUGAAGGAGCUGGUUUGGAAAGGCCUCCUUGGCAAGGGGCAGAGCGACCUGCCUGCCCCUGGGCCCAACCCCUCCGUGUGUUUCCAUGUGGUUCCUUACACUGAGACCUUGCUGCAGACACUGGGAGGAAACCUCAGUGCAGUGCCAGAGCCCUGCAGCAUUCCUCUGGAUCUGUUCUGCAAGGGAAUAUCUGCUUCUGAUCCUGAAAUGGUGCAGGUGGUCAUGCUGACACUGGUGGGAAUGGACACUAUGAAGAGUGCUGGAGAGCUCCUUCACCAGAUCCUUCUUCCUGGGGACAAUAACCAGGCUCAGAGUGCAGAAGAAGCCAGUUCAGGAUUUGAGCUCUUGGCUCUGAAGUGGUUGCCCCAUCUCACUCAACAUCAGGCCAGAGAAAUAACCCCUUUUGAGGCUGGAGAUGCUUCCUGGCAGAGAAGCCUUGAUACCCUCAUGUCAAACCCAGUCCUUGUCUGUGCCCUACGGAGGGUUGAUGCCUUCAGAGUGCUUGCAGAUGUCCUGAAGAGGUUAACACAAUGCAGGGAGAAGCUGAGCAGAAGUGGCAGUCUUCUACAGACAGUCAUGGCCCUGACCCCAGAGGUGACAUUCAGACAAGCCAUCCUCUUCUUCACUGAGACUGAUUUUGUAACUGAUGUGGAACACAGCCCUGCUAUGAAGUACCUGCCACCACCUGGCAAGAGGUCCAGGGCUGAAGUGGGGGAGAGCCAGAGGUGUCGUGCAGAAUCCCUCUUGACCUUCUUGCAAACAGGAGCCCAGGUUCUUUGCACAGUGCUGCUGAUCAAGCCUGGUGCCUGGAGCCAUAAUCUCGCCAGGAUCCUCCGAAAACUACACCUAGAAAAAUUCAGUGUGGUUGGAAUGAAACACACGAACCUGGAACCAGACGUUGCCUUAGGACUCCUUUCUUCUGAAGUGAAACAGGAUCCUGCUGCUUUAGAAGCUCAUUGUACCUACCUUACCUCAGGCACUGCUCUCGUGCUGUGUCUUCAAAGGCCAAAUGCUGUGAAGAAGCUGAUAGAUUUGCUGGGACCAGAGGACCCUAAAGUAGCCCAGGCACUAGAUCCCUUCCUCUGGAGGGCUCAGUAUGGAGUCAGCACAGUCCAAAAUGGCUUUUAUGGCUCCAAAUCCUAUCCAAUAGCUGUCCGGGAUGUGAAGCUGUUUUUCCCAGAAGGGCUGUGCUGCUCCGACUGGCAGACAUUAGAGGAGGAAGAGAUCUCUAACCUGCAACGUGACCCCGUGGCCAGCCUGGAAGGCACCAGGCAGCGCAAGAUCACCCGCCGUGGAGCAGGAGGGUCACUCCGUGUGGUGGGCUCUGAGCAAACGUGCAGGCUUGAUCAGCCAUUGCUUGGUAACCUCUGCCAAACCACUUGCCUCCUCCUGCCUGGGAUAAUCCUUCGGGGUUCAGAGCACCCCCCAUAUGUGGAACUGCUUGAGCAGCUUCUUGGCCAAGGUUUCAGUGUCACUGGAGCUCGUCUCACCGUCCUGGACGCCCCACAAGCUCACUGCAUCUCUGAGACACUCAGCAGGGCCAAGUGCAGUGUUGCAGCAAAGUGUUCCCUCUUGCUGGAUGGCUUGUGCCUGGUGCUGGCAGCACAGCGAGACAACGCGGUCCUUUGCUUCGACUCCCUGCUGGACAGGGUCUGUUGGCAGAAGCAGUCACUCCUGGAUACUGCACAGCACCUCCUUUAUCCCCAAAAUGAGAAACAGGCUGAAGAGCUGCUCUGUUGCCUUUUUGACUCCCUGACCUCUGAGAGCAUCCACCAAAUUGAAGCCCAGCCUUGCUAGCCAAGAUGGUCACAGCCCCCAUGGGUGAUGCUGCUGUGGUGGGUGUCUGUGCAGAUGGACACACAUGGAGUCCCAGCCUCUGAGAGCACUAAUAU